AUGGACCUCUUGCUCCUAUCUUUUGUAACCACCCUUGCUAUAAUCAUCAAUUUUUUAUUCAAAUAUUUGUUUGUCAAGCCUAAAGAAAAAAUCCCUUUAGCUCCAGGUACAUUUGGUUGGCCUAUUAUUGGAGAAACUAUCCAAUUCCUUGUAUCACUUUACUAUGGAUUGGUCCAUGAGUUUGUUCAAAAAAGAACAAAAAAAUACAACUCCAAUGUAUUCAAAACUUCAUUACUUGGCCAAAAAGUGGUUAUUUUUUCAGGUCCAACAGCUAACAAAUUCAUAUUCACCAAUGGCAAUAAACUUUUGAUUGGUUGGAGACCUAAUUCUGUUAAAAAACUUUUCCCUUCUACAUCAUUUGUUCCUAUAGAACAUGAUACCAAAAGGGCACAAAAUAUCAUUAGCUAUUUCUUGAACUCAAGAAAUGUUGAGAAAAUUAUUAGUACUAUGGACUCUAUGUCACAUACACACUUGGAAAAUCAUUGGAAGGGGAAUAAUGAAGUGAUAGUGUUUGAUCUAGUGAAGUUAUUCACUUUCUCCCUUUCUAUUAAAGCCUUUAUAGGCAUCGAAGAAUCGGAUAAUAAAAUCUUGAAUCUUUACGAGAAAUUCAAGAUUUUUACAAGAGGUCUUUUGGUAAUGGACAUAAAUCUACCUGGCACAACAUUUUAUAAGGCAAUGAAAGCUGGGAAUGAAUUAAGAAAAGAAAUGAAGGUCAUCAUUGAAGAAAGAAGAGCAAAAUUACUAGAAAAUUCAAAUUUGUCAAAUGUUUAUAAUGAUUUGUUAACACAAUUGAUUAUUGAACAAGAUGAAGAUGGCAAGUAUAUGACUGAGGUUGAAAUUGUAGACAAAGUAUUUGGAUUUAUUAUUGGUAGUUAUGAUACUACUGCUACAACUAUUACUUUGACCAUGAAAUACCUUAAUCAGAAGCCUGAGUUCUUCAAUGAAAUAAUGGAAGAGCACAAUGAGAUAUCAAGACAGACGAUUCCAAGAAAAGAGCUAUGUUGGAAUGACAUUCAAAAAAUGAGGAAAACUUGGAGCUUUGUGAAUGAAGUAUUAAGAAACACACCAAUUGUUCAAGGCAUUUUUAGAGAAGCCAUGGAGGAUUUCACUUAUGAAGGCUUCCACAUACCAAAAGGAUGGAAGAUAUAUUUGAGUUUUGGAGCUACACAAAAGAAUGGUGAAUACUUUCCAAACCCUACAAAGUUUGAUCCUUCUAGAUUUGAAGGAAAUGGACUAGUUCCUUAUACAUCAGUUCCAUUUGGUGGAGGACAUAGAAUGUGCCCUGGAAGAGAAUUUGCAAGAAUAUCGAUUCUUGUUUUUCUUCAUCAUGUACUGAAAAUUUUUAGGUGGGAGGCUAAAGUUCCUUUAGAAAAUAUAAUGUACCCAUUUUUUCUACUAGCCAUCCCAAAAGAUGGAUAUCCUGUUACCCUUUCUACUGUUUAAGAUUUGUUACAUGAAAAUAUAUAUACAUAACAAAGGAUGUAACCUAGUUAAUAUGUACUUCCUCCGUUCUGUUUAAAUUUGUUUGAACUAUUUGUUUUGGAAUUGAGUUCAAGAAAAUA